CUUGCACGGCGAUCACGAAUACGUCGUGCUGUUUUGGAUGAAAUACUGUGUGCUGCUUUUAUUUACAAUAGUCAGAUUGAUUAUAGUAUGUACGGAUACAUUGGAAUCAUGGACGCAAUAUGUCCGCAUUGUGAUGCGGCUAACUUUCCAGGUGAAACGCCCGGCAUGUGUUGUGCUAAUGGUAAAGUAAGAUUGCCACCAUUAGAAACUCCACCCGAACCAUUGUAUUCAUUUAUUUUUGGGACAUCUCAAACGUCGAAGCAGUUUUUGAGAAAUAUUCAGCAAUACAAUUCGGCAUUUCAAAUGACUUCUUUUGGUGCUACUAAAAUUAUUAGAGAUAAUUUUAUGCCGACUUUUAAGAUUCAGGGCCAGAUUUAUCAUCAAGCUGGUUCGUUAUUGCCAUACCCCGACGCUGAUCAUCAAUUUUUGCAAAUUUAUUUUAUUGGUGAUGGAAAUCGUGAAUUGCAUCAACGUUGUGCAAUUGUUUCAAAUACAAGACGAGAAAUUAUUCGUGAGCUACAAAGGUUUUUCCAUCAGCAUAACGCAUUAGUUCAAUUGUUCAAAAUUGCUCUUGAUCGUAUGCCAUCUGAUAGUCACAAAAUUGUAAUAAGGGCUGAUAGAACAUCUUUUGGAGAACAUGCAAGGCGAUUCAAUGCACCGACAAUUGAUGAGGUUGCAAUUGUUAACCUUGAUGAUCAGUUUCGAUCCCUUGAUAUUGUACUUCAUCGCAGAAAUGAUCAAUUGCAACGUGUUUCGAAACUGCAUCGUAGUUACGAUGCAUUACAAUACCCAAUAUUGCAUUGGAAAGGUGACGAUGGCUACCAUAUCAAUAUACCAAUGAUUGAUCCACGAACAGGUGAAUAA